AUGACAGAAAUAACACCAUUAACAAUGAAUUCACAUAAUGAAGAGAAUUGGAAUCAUGGUGCAAAGCUAUUAAUAACAAAUUAUUCACGACGAUCAGUUAGUCCUAAAGAGAGAACAUUAAUGAAUCAAAACAGUAGUGGUGGAGAUAAUGGAAAAGAUGAAAGUGGUGAUAGUCUAAGUGGUUAUAGUGACGAUGAGAAUCAUAAACGAAAACAACGACGAUACAGAACAACAUUUACAUCAUUUCAAUUAGAAGAAUUAGAGAAAUGUUUUCAACGAACACAUUAUCCCGAUGUAUUUCUUAGGGAGGAGCUGGCUCUUCGAAUUGAUUUAACAGAAGCUCGAGUGCAAGUCUGGUUCCAAAAUCGAAGAGCAAAGGAGAGAAAAAGAGGAAAAAUGAAUCCUAUUUGUGCCGCAUCCAAUGCUAUUGGUCAUCAAUUAUCUGCUUACGCAACAUCACCUUUCUCAAGAAUUACACCCUUCUCACAAGCUGAAUUACUUUCGUCCUAUUCCUACUUAUCAGCAGCAGCAUGUCAUCCUCAAUUACCAUUACAUUUCUAUUCUCCGUACUGGCCUGCACAAUCAUCAAAUCUACUUUCUUAUCCAAACAUUGCUGUUCUCCAACAUUUAGCUGCUCAAGCAUCUGCAGCAGUUUCAUCGUCUACAACUACCAUUCCAACUUCAUCUGAAUCAUCAACAUCUUCAACAUCACUUGUGAGCGAACGUGAAAUUCAGACAACACAACGAGAACCUUUGUCAUCGUGCUCUUCUCGUUCACAAAGUCCUAUACCAUUAAAACUGGUAAAAACUGAAUCAAAUUCACCCACGAACAGUAAACAUGAUGAAAAGAGAUCAGACUCUCCUUCUUCACCACCGGCGAACAUCUCUAAAAAGCUUACAAGAAAACGAUCUGCUUCGCCAUCUGAUUCGACAACAUCUGAACCGAUCAAAAAGUUUAAAACAGCACGAAUACCAACUCCACCAACAGCUUUAGUUCUGACUAAAACAGAAACAAAUUCAUUAAUAAAUCAAGAGAAAAAAACAAGUUUUACAGCAAUAGAAGUUGAAGAAAGUCGGAGAUCAAGUAGCAUUGAAACAUUGCGUAUGAAAGCUCGUGAAUAUACAAUUAAACUCGAACUAACAUCACCAAAAAAUGUUGGUGUUGUUAUAUGA